UGCAUUAUUUUUUAGAAAGUUCAUAUGCCGUAAGGUGCAGUACACGCGCUAUAUGUAGGCAUGAGUCAGUAAUUUCAUCGGUCCAAACCCACAAAAACCUCAUCAUAAAACAGGCGGCUAGACGUCCAAGGAGAAGCAGAAGCAGAAGCUAAGCUAGCCAGAAACUAGGCGAUGGCGGCAGUGACCUCAACAUCACUCGCAUCUCAAUUGUCGACCCCCAAGGCCACAACUCCCUCCUAUUCCUAUUCCUCCGCCACUCAAUUUUCAGGCCUCCGCCGAUCCUUCUCCAACCUCGACCACUCUCCCCAGCCUUUCUUCUCUUCCAAUCUCCGAAUCUCCUCCUCUCCCCGCAAGCCCUGCAGAGGCAUCGUCGCCAUGGCCGGCUCGGGAAAAUUCUUUGUCGGAGGAAAUUGGAAGUGUAAUGGGACAAAAGACUCCAUCAGUAAGCUUGUUUCUGACUUGAACAGUGCAAAAUUGGAGGCUGAUGUCGAUGUUGUUGUAGCACCUCCAUUUGUUUACCUUGACCAGGUAAAGAAUUCAUUAACAGAUCGGAUUGAGAUAUCUGCUCAGAACUCUUGGGUUGGGAAAGGUGGUGCUUUCACAGGAGAAAUCAGUGUGGAACAAUUGAAAGAUAUUGGCUGCAACUGGGUUAUCCUUGGGCACUCUGAGAGGAGACAUGUUAUUGGUGAAGAUGAUCAGUUCAUAGGAAAGAAAGCUGCUUAUGCCUUGAGCCAGGGUCUUAAAGUAAUAGCUUGUAUUGGAGAACUGUUACAAGAAAGGGAAGCAGGAAAAACUUUUGAUGUCUGUUUUCAGCAAAUGAAGGCUUUUGCAGAUGCUGUACCCAGUUGGGAUGAUGUAGUUAUUGCAUAUGAGCCGGUUUGGGCUAUUGGAACUGGUAAAGUGGCCACACCCCUGCAGGCACAGGAAGUACACAUAGCUGUUCGUGAUUGGCUUAAAAAGAAUGUCUCAGCUGAAGUUGCUUCUAAAACACGAAUUAUUUAUGGAGGUUCAGUGAAUGGGAGCAAUUGUUCAGAGCUCGCCAAACAAGAGGAUAUUGAUGGAUUUCUUGUUGGCGGUGCUUCCUUAAAGGGUCCUGAAUUUGCUGUGAUUGUCAAUUCUGUAACAUCCAAGAAAGUUGCUGCUUGAUCACUCACACUGGUUUUUGCACUGGAAGAAAAUAAAAGGCCGAGAGGAGUUUCUUCAGCUUCAAGCAUAAUAUAAUCAAGCUAUGAGCCAGCUAGUUAUGUUGGGAUUUUGAUCAUUUUCCAGUUUUUUUGGCCUUCUAGGACUUACUCAUUUUUAAUGAGUUAAAACUUCUUGUGGUGGAAACCAGACCAGUGUAAGUCAUUUUAAUGGCAUAGUGCAUUUUCUAGAUAAAGGAGUCUGUGUUGAAGAAUUUGAAAUUCAUAAUCUCAUAUUAAUGAUAAGCUUUUAAUUA